AUGGCAGACCCAAUUCCACCGAAGAAGACGAAAGGCCAGCAAAAGAUCGAAGUCAAACCGAUGGAUGACGCCAAAAAGCGCAGUGUUACCUUCACAAAACGUAGAGCUGGCCUUUUUAAGAAGGCAGACCAGCUCUGUGCUCUCACCGGCGCCGAAGUGGCUCUCAUGGUGAUCUCUCCGGGAGGCAAGCCGUUCACGUUCGGCAGCCCCGCCGUCGACGCCGUGAUAGCGAGGUACAAGAGUCGCCGACGGUGGAUCAGCAGAAACCUGAGAUUAGGGAAAUCAUGGAACAGUUGGCGUACGAGGAUAAGCGAGCAGAGGAACUGA